AUGGAAAGACAGAUUCACAGUGCAAGAGAUUUGCUUGCACAGAAAAAGUUUUUAGAGGCUGCUAAACACUGUCAACAAACCCUGGACUCUCUACCUAAAGAUGGUUUGCUGCCUGAUCCUGAACUAUUUACCAUAUUCGCACAGGCUGUAUACAACAUGGAGGUACAGAAUUCUGGUAAUCUAUUUGGGGAUGCUCUUAUUGCAGGCCACGAUGGAUCUGAAUCUGAGUCUGAUGUGAGUAAUGGCGAUGAGGGGGGGGAGAAUAGUCAGACGGGAAUUCCUAGUUCUAGGAUGUUCCAAUUCGACCAAGAAGAGGAAGACUUGACCGGUGAUGUCGACACCGGUGACAGUGAAGACAGCGGCGAAGGUAGUGAAGAGGAGGAAGAAAGCGUGGAAGAGGAGGAAGAGCGAUCAGCUUUGCAGGAAAUGGUUGACUUCAGUCCAUUGAAGGAACAUGACGAUGAAAUCGAAGAUGUAUCCCAACUUCGUAGGUCUGGUUUCCACGUUUACUUUGAAAAUGACCUGUACGAGAAUGCUCUGGACCUACUGGCACAGGGCUUGAUGCUGUUGGGCCGUUCUACUGCAGAUGGCCAACCUCUAACCGAUAAUAGCAGAUUGCGUAUCGGUGAUGUGUAUAUUCUGAUGGGGGACAUCGAAAGAGAGGCGGAGAUGUUCAAUAGAGCCAUUCGCCAUUACAUGAAGGCUCUAGGCUAUUACAAGACAUUGCAAGAUACGGAAGAAAUAACUGAGAAAGUGAUACAAGCAGAAUUUCUGGUGUGUGAUGCUCUAAGGUGGGACGAUCAGAUACCAGCUAAGGACAAGCUAAAAAGAUUUAAACACACCAAGGCCCUGCUUGAAAAUUACAUGGCUACAAGUCCCAGGGACACAGAGUUACAGCAGGCAAGGCUGGCACAGAUUCAAGACGAUAUCGACGAAGCGCAGGAACAACAGCAACAUGGCUCCAAGAGACCUCUUUCACAGCCCACAACCUCCAUCGGCUUCCCCACUCUCGAAAAGCCCCUUGAUGACUUCAAUGAUCUCUCUCAACUGGUCAAGAAGAAGCCUAGAAGGCACUGA